AUGGAUUUUGCUACGGCAGCCGCAGAGGUGCAGACGUUGCCUUAUUGUUCGGAUGAUGACAAACUAUAUCUCUAUGGCCUAUACAAACAGGCAACCGUUGGAGACGUAAACACAGCUAAACCUGGUAUGCUCGAUGUGAAGGGGAAGGCUAAGUGGGAGGCCUGGAAUGGGAGGAAAGGUAUGUCUCGAUCGGAAGCGGAGCAAGAAUAUGUAAAGAAGGUUCAAGCGUUGUUGGCUAGUACGAAGUAA